CACACACAAGACAGCUGAGAAAGCUUACAGAAUCAGCAGUACUUCAACCGAGACCCUCUCCUUGCGCAUACGCCUCGAAUCAACCUCGUCCUUCCCUGCUACACAGCGAAAGACAGUGUCGACAGCUUAACCUGUACCAUUUUUGCACCACCUCCCUAUCGCCUGUACGAUCGAUCGCUUGGACUAGCAUCAUGGCGGAUCAGCUGAAGCGAAUCGAACCCCCACCUGGAAUGGGAAAUUACGAGGACAAAGACCUGAAGGAGCGAAACGUCUUCGGAAUCGAUAAUGUCUUUACUCUUGAGAGAAAGGACGAUUCAGAACGGCCUCGGAAGUUCUUUAAACUUUGGUCCAACAGGUAUCCAAAGGAAGGUAUUAGACCUGAUUGUGCGACUCCGGAGAUGAUAGAUGGAAAAUACCAAAGGCGUCUGUCAGAUCAUAAAUGGAUCAUUUUCGAUUUUGGUGCGGAUGGAAACGAACAUGAUCCAAAGAUCGAGGUUGGAUGCGAGCAGUGCGGAGUUCGUAUCAGAAAGUCCCAUAAUAAGAAUGCUAAGAACCUUAACGGGUCAUUCGACCAGGCGAUGGAAGAAGAUAGGGACGGAGACGUUGUUGCCUGUCGCGACGGGGAUAUUAAGCACGAUUGGAGGCUGUAUUUUGACUAUAAUUCGGAAUCAGCGGACUACAUCUUUACGGCUUGUGCUUUAUGCGGGGCGAACCAUUGCGAUACCAAUGAUGGAAAUGCAGAGCUCUAUGGCAGUAUUGAAGAUCUGGAAUAUAUGGGAUCUCUUCUUAGGAGGCCAGAGCAAAAUUAACAAGUUGCCCUGCUAGGCAAAUUUCCUUAACAGUUCAUUAAUUUCUUUCUUGUACUGGUAUACCAGUAAAUACCCUACUUAGUAUUCAUCUAGAUAGCCU